AUGAGCAGCGAUACCAUAUCAACUACAACAACAUCUUCAUCAUCAUCAUCUAACUUUACAACACAAUCCGGAGUGAAUGUGCAAGUGCUUUUAAGAUGUAGACCACCUAAUGAUAAAGAAAAGGGACAAUCCAUCUCUGUUGAAACCUUACCAUAUAUGAGAAAGGAAUUAAAGAUUCAUCAAAAACUUGUUCAUGGAAAGGAAAUAACAAAAACAUUUACUUUUGAUAGAGUGUAUGGUCCACAAACAACACAAAAAGAAUUCUUUGAAGAAUCCAUCAAAUCCAUUGUUGAUGAAGCCUUGGAUGGUUUUAAUUGUACAAUUUUUGCUUAUGGUCAAACCAGUUCUGGUAAAACAUACACUAUGGAAGGAAGAAGAGAUUCUAAUGAUGUGACUGACACACACUCUGGUGUCAUUCCAAGAAGUAUCUACCACAUUUUCAGAACAUUGGAAUCUAAUUCAACUGAAUACACUGUUAAAGUUAGUUGCAUGGAAUUAUAUAAUGAAGAAUUACAAGAUUUACUCACAGAUAGACAGAAUAAGCUCAAAAUAUUCGAUGAUAGUACUGGUAGAAAGGGUACUGUUGUAGCUGGUUUGGAAGAAAUCAAUGUUAGGGAUGCCUCUCAAAUCAUUUCCAUUGUUGAGGAUGCCCAAAAGAGAAGACAAAUGGCUGAAACUAAUUUGAACAAAUCCUCAAGUCGUUCUCACUGUAUUACUACAAUUACUAUUCAUAUGAGAGAAGUUAACGAUGAAGGUGAGGAAUUUAUCAAGACUGGUAAACUCAAUCUUGUAGAUUUGGCUGGUAGUGAAAAUAUUGGUAGAUCAGGAGCUGUUAAACAAAGAGCUAAGGAAGCUGGUAUGAUCAAUCAAAGUUUGCUCACCUUGGGAAGAGUUAUUACAGCUCUCACUGAACACAGCCCACACAUUCCAUACAGAGAAUCAAAGUUAACUAGAAUUUUACAAGACAGUUUGGGUGGUAAGACAAAGACUUGUUUGAUCGCCACUAUCUCUCCAUCAAUUUUGUGUAUUGAAGAAACUUUAAGCACAGUCGAUUAUGCUCACAAAGCUAAGAGUAUUAAGAACAAACCUGAAGUCAAUAUGAAGGUUUCUAAGGCCCAAUUGAUCAAGGAAAUGUCUUCUGAUAUGGAAAAACUCAAAGCUGAACUUAAUGCCCAAAGACUCAAGAACGGUAUUUACAUGGCACCUGAAAUUUAUGAAGAAACUAAUAGAAAAUUGAAAGAACAAGAAGCCACCAUCAGGGAUAUGGAAGAUCAACUUCAACUCAGAGUCAAAGAAUAUGAAGAAUUAUCCAUCCUCUUUAAAGAAAAAGAGAGAGACCUCCAGAGAGAAAUAGCUGAACAUGGUGAAACUAGACAAACACUUUCUUCUACAAGAGAUACACUGAAGAGAACAGAAAUCGAUCUCAAGAAUACCAAGGUUGAAUUGGGAGCCACUAAUUUUGUUCUUGGAAAGACUCAAGAAACCGAGGAACAACUUUUAUCUCAAGCUCAUUACCUUUUGAAUAAUCUUAAAGAAAGCAUUUCUGAUGUUGAUGGAUUCAUUUCAAAAGUUGACAGAAAGGCUAAAGUUGAAAAUGAAAAUCAAACAUUGAUUUCACAAUUCAAAAAUACGAUGGAUGAAAAGUUUGGUAGAUCAGUUGAUGAGGUUCAUCUACUCCAAGCCACUUUUGAAGCACUUAACAGCUCUGCCAAGACAUCUGUUUCUGAAUUCAUUAUUGAAAAGGAUGCUCAUACAAAGAAUGUUAGAGAUCAACUUGUAUCCAUGUCUGACCUCUUUUCUACAUCACAAAAUGAAAUCAUCCAAAUGAUUGCCAACAAAUCUGAUAGCCAAUCCAAGACUUUGGACGAUUUGUCUUCCACCAAUCAAUCAUUUGAAGCUACUCUCAUCAAUAACAUGAUGACUAUGAAGAAUGCCUUUGAAACAUCAAUUGGUAUCAUUAACGAACAAAUUGUUGCCCAGAGAAGUGAAAUGCUCAAUAUUCACACUUUCUUUGUUGAAACUCUUACUAGAAACACAAAGUUUUUGGAAAAUUUUGCUGGUAAACACUCUGAAGUGAUGAAGGGUUUGAAACAAGAGAUUGAACAAACUGUUACUGACCAUAUCAAUCAAUCUAAUAACAAUAGUCAAAAAUUGAAUGAAAUGCUCAAACAACAAAAGCUUCAAAAUGCAUCCCUUAAGCAAGAAUUGUUGAAGAAUUUUGAAAGCCUUAUUGACAAUACUUUUACUUCACAAGAAGUAGAGUUAACCGAGAAUGUACAAACAAUCCAAAAGUUCUUUGACUAUUCUGUCAACUCUGUCCAACAAAUGGAUGGAUCUGUCAAGAAGAACACUGAUGAAUCAUUGUUCAAUUUGGAAAAGAUCAAGACCAAUCUAGGAUCUAAUCAACAAGAUGCAAUUCAAUCCAUGACCAAGUCAAGAAUUAACAUUGAAAAUUUGAUGGAUAAUAUUUCAGAAGAAAAUACCAACCUUACCACCAACAUUAAUUCUUUCUAUAACAAUACUAAGAAAGCUAUUGGUUCUAAUACUUCAUCUCUCGAUUUGUUUGUUAAUACCUCAAAGCAAUCCCAAAAGGUCUUUAUGGAUGAAUGUUCUGCCUCAUCAUGCAAGAGCAUUUCUACCUUCCAAGAAUACCACAAUCAAUUGCAACAUCGUUCUGACAACUACCAAAAUCGUCUAUCAAUGUUUGCUAACACUCAUCUUGAACUUCACAAUUCUCAACAUGAAAAGGUUAAUGAAUAUAAGAAUCAAUUUGUUUCUGAAAGAAUGAAUGAUAUGAAGCGUAGCUUGGAUACAUUUAGUUUGAAUACUGAUCAACCAACAGGAACAACUCCACAAAAGAAGAAGAGAAAGCUUCCUGAAUCUCUUCCAAAAACUCAACCAAGACAAGAAUUGGUUGAAUUGUACAAAUUAACUUUACCAGAAUCAUUUGAAGCUGAAGAAGUUUGUUCUGUCUCCACACCAGACUCUGAUAAUAUGGAAGAUGUUGAAGCUGAUUCCAUUAGUGUGUCUAGUAACAAGGAAAAUGUUGAUGACAAUAACUUAUCACCAAUAGCAAUCGUACCAACUGUAAAAUCUAUCAACAUUCCAAUGAAGAAAGUGAGCUCUGAACCUACUAUUGUAAAGAAGCCAAUUGUUAAAAAACCAACUAUUACUAAGGUCUUGAAAAAUAGUGCUCCAAAUUUUGGGGUUUCUUCUUUCAGAUAA